CAAUUUUUGAAAGAUCUCUCGGUAAUCACUGGUAGCACUAUAACACUAGACAACUUGUGGUAUGUUCGUGAUGCGAUUUUCAUUGAGAGACUGCAUCAUAAGAAGGAUAACCUCAUCAAUGAUACCACAUAUAAAAGAAUCGAUGAAAUAGUGGAUAAGAUGGAAAACUAUGAGGAUGGUCUUGAUCUCACGCCAGUGGACAACAUCAACUUCACAGUGGAGAUUGCAAAAGUCCGAGGUGGAGGCGCUCUGUGGGCAUUCAUGAAUCACUUCGAAUUGAAGUUGUUCUGCAACGACCCAAAGAAUCAGGAUAAACCGCAAUGUAACUGGAUGAAACACAUGCGAUACUAUGCGUUUUCUGCGCACGACAAUGCUUUAUCAGCGCUGAUGGCAACGCUUGGUGCGAAGGAAAAACUGGUUCCAUAUGGCUAUCCCGAAUACUCAGCUUGUCUAGCACUUGAGCUCUGGUUAACCAGCAAGGGUCCAGCAAUACGAAUGCUGUAUCAUGCGAAUGCCUCAACUGAGUUCGAAGACGUCACAAGGAAAAUAGCUGGAUGUGAGAAUCUAAGCAGUGAUAAAUGUGACUAUAACAUUGUUCUCAAAACUGCCAAGAUAUUCUAUCCAGGAAAAGACCAGGAGAAUGUGCUUUGCCAAGACACGACGUCACCGAAUACGGACAUGUGGACAUAUACGAAAGCCUCCUCAGCCUCCCCAGCUUCCUCAGCCUCCUCAGCUUCCCCAGCCUCCUCAGCCUCCUUAGCCUCCUCAGCUGGAUCAACCUUCUCAGUUAAUGCAUCACUUCUUUCGGGUUCGUUUCCGAUUUUAUGGUGA